UUUUUAGUAACGGUUUACAUGACGCUAUAAAUCAGCAUAAUUUGACCAAACUGCUCAAUCACAAGAGCUUACUGUGUUCACUUCACAGUCUCCGUUUCAGUAGUUUCUUUCCCUGUUGAUUGUAGGAUUAUGGGAUGCAUGUUUCAGAUGCUCACAGACCCCUGACUGGCAGCCUUCACCUCCGAAAUAAAUCUCACUUCACCCCAGGGACUUAUGAGUGUCCCGUUACAACACGGCUUCAUUCUGCUGCACCUGUGCAUGGCUGUCAUGUGUGUGUGUGUGUGUGUGUGUGUCCUACACAUGCUCCAGCGCUCUCACACCGCCGUCCUCUCCGUCUCAGGACUCCCGCUCACCUCAGUGCAGGUGAGUGAUGGACGAAAGCACCUUCGAGACAUUUGAGGAAGAGCUCGGUAAACCACUGCAAGUGUUUCCUCCUCAGAAACCUGUCAAGCAAACGCGAACAGAAGCCAGAGCGGAGCUGUACGCUCAGAGGAGGGUGCGAGAGCAGGAAGCUCCAAUCGUCCAGCAGGUCCCAAAGAUGAUCGCACGGGAACACCGGGUCUCCAGCGCCACGACGUCGUUACGCCACGCGCUCUCCGUCCAGAGUCUGACGCAGCUCGAGACGCCGUGGGAAGGAGUGACGCUGAACCGCUGUCUGAUCGCAGCCAUAACCCUCCUCCUCUUGAGCUCCGCGUUACAGAGAAUACAUGAAGCCGUCAGAGGCCGCAGAGACGUCAGUGAAGAGCUCACAGCACUAAAUGAGAGACAUACUCUGAUUAAAAGAGGAAAAAUAACACCACAUGAGCCAGACACAUCCUUAUGGGAAAAGUUUUUCUGGUGGAUUGAUGAUGAUGAUGAUGAUGAAGGCAAACAUAUGAGAGCGACUGGCGGGAAAGUUUCCAGGGGCCUCCGGCACCGGGCCCUUACAGACCUCAGGCUCCUGAAGAAAAGAGACACAGAGUUCACCGAGCGCAGAAGAAGAGGAAGACACGGAGAAGAUGAGACUGAAGAGAAAGAGAUGAAAGUCAAGAAGAAGGCCAAGGAAGUGGAAGAAGAGGAAAAAGACAAAGAUGAAGAAACAGAGCAAAAAAACACUUAAGAAGAAAGAGAAUCAGUGAUGUGCCAAUGCAUAAAGAAAAUAGGGCUGAAGACUCAUGUGCUUGAAUGAUCAUGAAAAUAACGCUAAAUAAUCUUAAUGGUCCUAAAAUGAUUCAUUUUCUUUAGCAUGUUUUCCUUUGAUUACAGGGUGAAAUAUUCAGUUGAUGAUCAUGUGCAUAAUUUGGUGCUAUUUUUUUUGUGUCAAUGCAAGUUUAUUUAAAACAGUAGUUAAGUGACAUUAUAAAGUAAUGCAAUGCAAAAGUAAAGCUUUUUAAAAAGAUUUAACCGUGUCUCGUGACUUUUCUUGAGUUCUUUUUAAAGUUGCUUAAAGAAAUCGUUAUCCUUAAAAUGUAUAUUAGCUGAAAAUGUGCUCACCUCUUGACCCAGUCGAGAUGUAUAUUAGUUUUUUUCUUCAACAGAUUUGCAGAAACGUGUGUGUGCGCAUUUUUUCUUUUUAAUUAAUGUGCCCU